ACAUGCCACCCCAGCACCGUAAUAAAUAAUAAUACUACGCUAUUAUGUAUUACAUGCAAUAUGAAUUAUUCUCCCGCACAGAUAAAAAGUAGGCCUUUGUUUUUUGGCCUAAUGCAGAUGAAAUGGAGUGAAAUGAAGUCGGUGUCCCGCAGGAUGAUACCGGGGCCGGUUCUUCCGUUCCUCUCCGUUCUGACCGCCGCCGCCCGCGCGUGACGCGGGGCGUGACGUCACGAAACAUGGCGCUCGCACGGGAAGGUGAUGCUGGACCGCUCUGUUUACUGCGCCUUUGAUUUCCCCACGAACCCAGACGUUUUACGAUGCCGGGAAAAGACGCGUCCUCGCGUUUAAUCGUCCGAGAGAGGUAGUAAGCGAACGAGCGGUUUAAAACGAUGAGACGCAAUCGCAAAUAAGACGCCGGUAGCGGUUAGCAUUUAGCUUAGCUUCACAAACAUCACAGAACUGUCGCGUUAGCUAACGCUCGUAACCGCGGCGUGUGUCUAAUAUCGCGCAACAUGAGUCUUUGACACGGCGGGCAUAAAGAUAUAGAUGCGCGUAGACGUAGACGAGCCAGUCCGGGCGUCGUUUAUUUAGAUGUGCCAGCCGUUUCUAGGUGGUCGAGGUAGUGGAUUAGCCGCAGCGCCGAGGAUGGAGGCUCUUCGCGGAGGUGUGUGUUUACUAGGAUUUGCCACUCUCUCUCAAGCCGCUCCGGUCUCAAACACACUCGCAGAGGCUGCUGGGUAUGUGGAUUUCUCUCUGACCGUCUCGCUGCUCUUGUCUCUGGCUGUGCUGGUGGCCCUCGUGAUAUUGCUGCUCAACUGUGCUUCCUGCUGCAAAGAGCAAGAGAUCAACUUUAAGGAGUUUGAGGACCACUUUGAGGAUGAGGUUGAUUUCACGCCUCCAGCGGAGGACACCCCCUCUAUGCAGUCGCCCGCGGAGGUCUACACCCUCGCUGUUCCUCCUGUGCCCCUCCCUGGACCCCCUCACCUCCAGCUGCCCCGGAUAACAGACGUCUCAUCGGGUCCUCAUGUGGCACGACACUCUCUCAGUUACAUUCAGGAGAUCGGGAACGGCUGGUUUGGAAAGGUUCUGCUCAGUGAGAUCUACGUGGACCCUGGAGUCGCCCGGGCGGUUGUCAAAGAGCUGAAAGCCAACGCCAGCUCCAAAGAGCAGAACGAGUUCCUGCAGCAGGGAGACCCGUACAGGGUCCUUCAGCAUCCCAAUAUACUGCAGUGUCUUGGUCAGUGUGUGGAGGCCAUCCCUUUCCUUCUUGUUUUUGAGUACUGUGAACUGGGGGACCUGAAGAGUUACGUUUCUCAGCAUGAAUGGCUGUACAGGAAUGGAGAACUGCUACAGCUGCAGAAAAUGGCCUGCGAGAUCGCUGCUGGGGUCACCCACAUGCACAAGCACAACUUCCUGCACAGUGAUUUGGCUUUGAGGAACUGCUAUCUCACAACAGACCUGACUGUCAAAGUAGGAGAUUAUGGCAUUGGCCCUUCGAGUUUUAAGGAGGAUUACAUCACCACAGAGGACGACCAAUGUGUAGCACUGCGCUGGCUUGCUCCAGAGCUGAUUGGUGAGCUGCAUGGGGGUGUGAUCACAUCAGAACAAACUAAACCCAGCAACGUUUGGGCAUUGGGUGUGACAUUGUGGGAGCUGUUUGAGGGUGCAAAGCAGCCGUACCCUCACCUUUCAGAUAGAGAAGUGCUUCACCAUGUACUCAAGGAUCAACAAGUCAGACUUCUCAAGCCACAGCUGGACUUGCCAUACUCAGAAAGAUGGUAUGAGGUUCUACAGUUUUGUUGGCUGCCGGCAGACAAGAGGGCCACUGCUGAAGAGGUCCACCGCCUGCUCACUUACCUCCGUAUGCAGGGUCAGAAAGAUGUGGAGGAUGACUUCGAGCAGCGCUGGAGCUCUCUCAAACCCAAUCCAACCACUCGUCAAGCCACCGUCAGUCAUUCCUCCUUCCCCAUUCUGGAGCAGUUUGAUGACGGCAGGGAACCAGACGAGGUGCUCACAGUCACUGAAACGAGUCGCGGGCUGAGUUUUGAAUACGUGUGGGAGGCAGCCAAGCAUGACCACUAUGACAGCCACAAUCGCUCUGCCAUGGACACUACUUUGAAUUACCACAGUAUGUUCUUUCCAGUGCCACGGCAAGAUAUUCAGGCCCAUUUUCCUGACACUGUAGCGCAAGCAGAAAAUGGCAGAGUCCCGGAAACUUUGCCAGUGUUUGAUCCACAUAAAGCAUCAUCUGGAAACGACUACUUUAUUAAGUUGGAGGAGCUAGAUGAGAGCGAAAUUGGCAUGGGGGAAAGUCAGGGUGCUGAAGGCCCCGAUGCUUCAGAGCAGCAUCAGUAUGUAGUCUUACAGGACGUCCGGUUGGAUGAAUCCAGUACGGAUGCUGAUUUCUUUCAUCAGAGCAUUGACUCAAAAGACUCUUUCCUUCAGGACAGCCACAUAUGGUCCUCAAGUGAACAUGAGAGCCCUUACCAUACCAACAUUUUCAGUGAGGGUGAUGCAAAACUGGAAGACACUCAUUCAUUCACGGGAGGUUUUAUGGAGCUCCCCGAGAUGAAUGUACAGAAGAGGGAAUCUGAUGGUGAAGCCAAUGGGGAAGAGGCAAGUGACAGUUUCCAGAAUUCUUUUUUAGGGGUUGGACCAGAAGCCAUUCAUCUGGAGGUUUCUGAUCAGGAGAACUCAGAUGUAAUGAAGCUUCUUAACACAGAGAAACUGGCUGAGAACUUCUUGUUUCUUAAAGAGAACAGCCUUUUGAAGGACAAGUCACAGUCAGAAUCAAAAAAUAUCCAGGAGACUAUGAGCUCCAUCAUUGAGACCAAUGUCUCAGAUAGUGUAAACCUUGCAAGUGAGUCUUUGAAAUCAUCUGGGAAUUCUACGCAGCUUAAGGAUGAAUUCUUGGACUUAGUCAGCCCGAUUUUAGAUGAUUUUCUGUCGCCUUUAAAAGGAAAAGAAACAAUGGUGCCUUUUGACAUAUUAGUAACAGGACAAACCUGUAGCAACCACCUGCCAGACACAAAUGGCUCUUUGCGUUCUCCAAAAUCUGGGAACUACUCCUCUUCUGAUUCUACCUCUGAGAGUGUUGAGGUCAUUGUUGACAGUCCAUCUGAUAGUCACCAGUCCCUUGAAAGUGCCACUACAGAUACACAACAUAUGUGCAUAGAUGCCAAAUCCCCCAGUCUUGAAGAAGGUUUUGGAGCCUCAAAGGAGAAUGGGCAGUAUCGAGGAAUCAGCGAUGCAGCUGAGCUUAGCUUUACUACUUCACCUGUUGGUGAGUGUACAGAAGGUGGCCUCACUGAAGGUCUAACAAGUAGCGACUCAAUGAGUGAUAUAAUAGAGCUGGACAAGAAGACAGCCAAUGAUAUUCCACAAUCAGAAGCCAUCGAUCAAGAAACUUUAUUGGACACGCAUGUAACUCAGGACAUGUCCUCACUGUUGGUUUCAGAUGUCUGUCUUGAUCAAAUAAGUCAGGACAGCCUUCUUGAUGACAGCACCUCUUCCACUCUUCCAACCAUUGAGAAUUCGGCUGAAACGCCAGAUUCAUUAGAUUCUUUGGAUGUGGUGCAUGGACAGUCUUUGGAAACGCCUGUUAAUAAGCUUCAGCCCCCAUACAAAGCAGCUGACAGUGGGUAUGAAACAGAAAACCUGGAGUCACCUGAGUGGAACUCUCAAACUGGCUUGAGGGAUUCCUCUGAAGAACAUGAGCUGGGAGGUGCAAUGGAGCCUGCGGCACUGGUUCCACCGGAAAUCAUAAUUUCCGAUGUGGACACUGUACCUGAGGUUCAGGUGAAUGAUGUGAGAGUUGACCACCAACAAGAGCCUGGUGAAGUUCACUUGGGUGGAAACUACCGAGACUCUGCUUACUUCUCAGACAACGAGGAACUGGAUAAGAAGAGUGAUGACAUCAGCGGAAGCGUCUCUGGAGAUGCUUCAUUUUGGAUCCAGAGUAAUCAGGAAGCUGGCGAAAAUCAAGAAACCGAAACUGUUGAGGAGCAUUCGGUACUGGAGACUUCUCCUGAACCUGCAGGUUCUACUUUAGAAUCAACUGAGGGUGAUGUCCAAGCUACAAGGACUGUACUUCCUGAGUUGGUUCUCACCACAGAGGAAGACUGGAGUCAGGAAAAACCAUUGACUGUUGAUGACUCUGACCAAACUCAUUCCCAUGCAGCCACAGAACAUGCAGCAACAUCCACUACCUCAGUGCAGCCCUCAACAGACAUGGUCAUGGUUCAUGCAAAACUAACCAGAACCUAUGCUGGGGAGAUAACAACAAAGAAGAAGGAGCCGGAUAUGGAGGGGAGAUACCUGGGCAAGCUCGAUGGCUCCUCGAUGGAAUUCGGCACCGAGGAUGGGAUGGAUGCUGAUGAAGAAGAUGAGAACAGCGAUGAAUCGGAUGAGGAUGUGCGCGCCUACCGAUUACACAGCUCUAGUUCUGAGUGCAGUGAGGAUGAUGUUGUGCACCCUGUACCUGUUAUCAUCUCGGAUGACAGCAGUUCCCUCAACCUCAAAAGUCUGCUGAAACCCAAAUCUUUUCAGGCUGCUAAAUCAACAUCAGAACAGGGCAGCAAUGGAGAUAAUAGACGUGGAGUGUCAUUCUUUGACGAUGUCACUGUCUACCUUUUUGACCAGGAAACACCAACAAAGGAACUCGGUGAGCAUACUCUUGACCCUAGUAGUCAAUUGUCUGAAUUCAGCAGUCCCGUGGCCUCCUCCAGCUACCUUAACAGAUUUACCAACUCUGAGAGCUCCACUGAUGAAGAAGGUGGUGCAUUUGAGUGGGACGAUGACUUCCCAUCUCCAGAGCCCAAUUUCCUUUCAAAGGCAGCCAGCGAUCAUUCUGCCAGUAGGCCCGGUGGGACCUCUGCAGCUUCCAAGUAUUUCUCCCCACCCCCAGCGAACCGCACCCUGGAGCCGAGCUGGAACAGCCCCUCCAACUACUCGCGCUUCUCCAUCUCUCCAGCCAGCAUCGCCAGCUUCUCCCUCACCCACCUCACAGACUCCGACAUCGAGCAAGGGGGGAGCGGUGAAGACGGAGAGAAAGAUUAAACAACCUGCCGGACGCGUAUAAAUGUCACGGAUGUGUUCGAUUGGAAGGCUUUGAUCGCUUCUUUUGAUCGCUUCGUAUUUAUUUGGGGAUAUGAAGGGGACUGCAGAGACUAGGCUGACGUCUUCUGGUUUUCCAUAAACUAUGAUUCGCUAUGUUUCUUUCGUCAGUGCAAUUUGGAGAAAACUUGCUUCACACAUGCUUUAGAAACUUUCUCACGCUUCCCAAGUGCCCUGCCUCACUUUUUUGCUUUCGCUCAUACGCAUUUCUUCAUAGUGUCCACAUUUUCCGUCAGAAGGAUGAAGAUUUAUCACGCGACCAGAGGACUCUCUGUUAAACACUAAUGAGCCAAUAGACUCGAACUCAGUUGUGCAAUUGAAAUCGUAUAAUACUUGCCUUUUAUUUUAACACACUGGAUUUUAUUGUUUUUUUUUUAAUGUGAAAUCUAGUGUGACAAGCUUAUUUAUAUGAUCGUGUAAUGGAUUUGAUGUCCAAUAGAAGCAACAUGGGUCUCCACAGAUAUUUUUGUACAGUGUUUGGACUACUUGCAUACCACUUUCACCCCAAGCAGCGGCUAGCGUAGUUUCAGUGGCAUGUUUUGUAUUGAAAGGUGUAGAAGUCAGGAUACAGGCAGCUGGAGGGAUUUGGCCAUGAGAUGCUACGUUUUUUUGUCGCGGGUUGUAUAAUGAUCGGGCCAUCGCAGUGCCUCACAUCCCCCUCAUCCCACUUUGAGGACGCAUCUAAUCUCAAUUUCAGUUCAAGUUUGCAUUUUUUUUUUUUUUUUUUAUUCAGCGCAAAGGGGAUCUAGAACAUAUCCAGGCCAUAUUUCACCCCAAAAUCUAAAUAUUUUUUUUUUAUAGUUUAAAUCUCAAAGCGUUUGUAUUAUAACGGUAGUUUUUGAUUUAAUGAAUCGAAACACGAAAGAUAUUAACGUUGAUAUUUCGCUAAAUGUCUUAUUUUUUUUUCCCUCUAGAUUUUGGGUUGAAAUGUGACCCAGACAGUCUGUGAGAUUCAUCGUCGUUGUUGGCGGUAGAUUGAACUACAGGGAGAGAGGCUAGAUAGCAACUCGCAGAACUUCCAAAGGUAAAGGCUGCUUGUAGCAUCGUGUAGGAAUACUGUUCAAAGAAAAAAACUAAGAACCUCCUUUGUUCGGACUCCCUUGUGUUAACGUUGAAGAGCAGCUUGAGAACGCUCAAGGGAUGGGAAGCGAUUGGGCUUUCCCUCUACUUUAUUUUUUGGUGCGCAUGUAUUGUUCGUUGGACCUGAAAGGUAAUCGUCAUAGGUCGUAGAAAUCAUUUAUAUUUGCCAAUCUUGCUGCUCAUGAUGCUUUGGGUCGACAACGACGGCGUUAAACUAAUGUGUAUAUAGUAGAAAUCAAUCAGCAAGAGAAGCGCUCGGCGUCGUUGAGGCUGGAUGCGCGGUGAUUUUGGUAUGGUGUACUCAAGAUAAUGUCGCGUAAAUUGGGAGGCUGAUUAUUUGUAAAGGUUAUCGCUGGAAUAAUAAUCGGGUGCAUAGCGUCAACAUCCCCUUGUAAUUCAGUACAGUAAUCUCUGUUUUAGACCUGUUGAAUAUCUGUAUUACCAGCACUCGAUUUCAGUUCAACUUGAAAUUUUAUGAAAGGAAAUUCUUCGGUUUUAUUCUACAGUAUACUUUGCUUAAUCUUGCACAUCUUUAAAGUGUAACUUAAUGUUGAAUUGUUCUCCUGUAUAUAAAUGUUUAAUUUUGUCUGUAAAUUGGGAACGAUGCGAGGAGGUACGAUGACCGAUUUUGUAAUUUAAAGCUAAAAUGCGACAUCACGGGUGAGAAGUGAUCGGAAAAAAAAGACGAAUUAAUGAUGAAAUAUCGGGGAAAUGCAGGUCAUCACGUCCUUAUAACUUGUAAAUUUAAAAAAAAUGGUGAUAUUUUUACUUCAUAUUGAUGAUGAUCAUGCCUAGUAUCAUUGAAGGAAUGGUUUAUAAUUAUUGCUCUGUUUAUUAUGGAAUUAAAUGACAAUGAAAUUC